UAUACAGUCUCCUAAGCUACGCGGUGUCGCAAAUCGUGACCACAAAACCCGCAUCUUCUUUCCUUGCCCCUUGUUUUCCCACGUAAUUACGAUACUACCACACUCCUUCCAAGCCACUUCCUUACCCACCAAGUCACAAGGGUAUAUUCGUCUUUUUCGCACACGUCUUCAGUCCACACAACUCGAUAUCUAUAAAUAGAUCCCAACCAGACACAAACACAACAUCAACAAUUAUCACACAAACUCAAAAAUCUAUUCUAUUUGUUUCGUUUUAUCAUCAGAAAAAUAAAACAUGGUUGCUAUUUCAGAGAUUAAGUUGACGGUGGAAACAACGGCGGCGGCGAACUGUCUGAUGCUUUUAUCAAGAGUCGGACAAGAAAACGUGGACGGUGGAAGUGCAAAACGCGUUUUCACAUGUAAGACGUGUUUGAAGGAGUUUCAUUCGUUUCAAGCGUUGGGAGGUCACCGAGCGAGCCACAAGAAGCCUAACAAUGAGAGUCUCUCCGGUUUGAUAAAGAAGUCCAAAGCUGCGUCGUCGCAUCCUUGUCCGAUAUGCGGAGUGGAGUUUCCCAUGGGACAAGCUCUAGGAGGACACAUGAGGAGACACAGGAACGAGAGUGGCGGCGCCGGCGCAUUGGUUACACGCGAGUUACUGUCGGAGGCGGCGUUGACGACGUUGAAGAAAUCAAGCAGUGGGAGGUUGGCUUGUCUGGAUCUGAGUUUGGGGAUGGUGGAGAAUUUGAAUCUCAAGUUGGAGCUUGGAAGACCUGUUUGUUGAUUUGUUUUUACCCUUUUUGUUUUCUGGAUAUAUUAAGUAGUUUCUCUCAUUCUUUGAUUUUUUUCCUUGAUAUUUUAGAUUUAUACAUAUACAUCUGCAGAUUUAGGAAACUUUCAUAGGCCGGUGUAAUAUUUUCUUUCCUUUCGUGGUGAAAAUAUU